GGUUGUUUCAGGAACCGCUCAGAAAGCUGCUGUCGCUUUUCUGGAGAGGACUGGCUGAGGUCAACCGAUAAACGGUCCGGAGGCGGAGGCGGCGGGAGCGACUUGGGAGCCGGACUGCGGGGCGGAGCCGCAACCUGCGACUCCAGUUGAGCCACCCGGACCCGGACCCGAGCCAGAGGAAGCCGCGGUCUGAACUCCAAGCGCCGUGCCGCGAUGGGCCGGGCAAGCGGCUCCGCUGCCCCACUGUGCGCGCUGCUGCUGCUGCUCCUGGAACUGCUGCUGCAGCCGAUGAGUACGCGGACGCUCGGCCCCCGGAUCAGAGUGCCGCUGGGCUCUGAAGAAAGGCUGAUCCGAAAAUUUGAAGCUGAAAACGUUUCCAACUACACAGCCCUUCUACUGAGCCAAGAUGGCAAGACUUUGUACGUGGGGGCCCGAGAGACCCUCUUUGCACUCAACAACAACAGCUUCCUGCCGGGUGGAGAGCACCAGAAGCUGCUGUGGAGUGCAGACGCCGACAGGAAGCAGCAAUGCAGCUUCAAGGGCAAGGACCGGAAGCGAGACUGUCAAAACUACAUCAAGAUCCUUCUGCCCCUCAACAGCAGCCACCUGCUCACCUGUGGCACAGCAGCCUUCAGCCCCCUGUGCACCUACAUUAACAUAGCAAACUUCACUCUAGCACAGGAUGAGGCUGGCAAUGUCCUCCUGGAGGAUGGCAAGGGCCGUUGUCCCUUUGAUCCCAACUUCAAGUCUACAGCCCUGGUGGUUGAUGGUGAGCUGUACACUGGAACAGUUAGCAGCUUCCAGGGAACCGACCCAGCCAUUUCCCGGAGCCAGAGCCCCCGCCCUACCAAGACCGAGAGCUCCCUCAACUGGCUACAAGACCCUGCCUUUGUAGCCUCAGCCUACAUUUCUGAGAGCCUGGGAAGCUUGCACGGUGAUGACGAUAAAAUCUACUUUUUCUUCAGUGAGACAGGCCAGGAGUUUGAGUUCUUUGAGAACACCAUUGUAUCCCGAGUUGCCCGUGUUUGCAAGGGUGAUGAGGGCGGAGAACGGGUGCUGCAGCAGCGCUGGACCUCCUUCCUCAAGGCCCAGUUGCUCUGCUCACGGCCUGAUGACGGCUUUCCUUUUAAUGUGGUACAAGAUGUCUUCACCCUGAGCCCCAGCCCUCAAGACUGGCACAAUACCCUUUUCUAUGGGGUCUUCACUUCCCAGUGGCACAGGGGGACCACAGAGGGCUCUGCUAUCUGUGUCUUUACCAUGAAGGAGGUACAGCAGGCCUUUAAUGGCCUAUACAAGAAAGUGAACCGAGAGACACAGCAGUGGUACACUGAGACCCACCCAGCACCCAUGCCCCGACCUGGAGCGUGCAUCACCAACACUGCCCGAGAAAGAAAGAUCAACUCAUCCCUGCAGCUCCCAGACCGAGUGCUGAACUUCCUCAAGGACCACUUCCUGAUGGAUGGGCAGGUCCGAAGCCGCAUGUUGUUGCUGCAGCCACAAGCCCGCUACCAACGUGUGGCUGUGCACCGUGUGCCUGGCCUGCACGGCACCUCCUAUGAUGUCCUCUUCCUGGGGACUGGUGAUGGCCGGCUGCACAAAGCAGUGGACGUAGGCUCCAGGGUGCACAUCAUCGAGGAGCUCCAGGUCUUCCCUCAAGGGCAGCCUGUGCAGAACCUGCUCUUGGACAGUCUCGGGGGGCUGUUGUAUGCCUCCUCCCAUUCCGGCAUAGUGCAGGUGCCUGUGGCCAAUUGCAGCCUUUAUCCAAGCUGUGGAGAUUGCCUCCUUGCCAGAGACCCCUACUGCGCCUGGAGUGGUUCUAGUUGCAGACUCGUCAGCCUCUACCAGCCUGAGUUGGCUUCCAGGCCAUGGAUCCAGGACAUCGAGGGGGCCAAUGCUAAGGAGCUCUGCAGUACUUCACCAGCCAAGUCCCGGUCUAUAGUACCAGCAGGUAAGCCAUGUAAACAAGUCCAGAUCCAGCCCAGCACAGUGAACACCCUGGCCUGCCCACUCCUCUCCAACCUGGCCACUCGGCUCUGGGUACACAAUGGGAUUCCCGUUAAUGCCUCUGCCUCUUGCCGUGUGCUGCCCAAUGGGGAUCUGCUGCUGGUGGGCAGCCAGCAGCAGCUGGGAGUAUUCCAGUGUUGGUCGAUAGAGGAAGGAUUCCAGCAGCUGGUGGCCAGCUACUGCCCAGAGGUGAUGGAGGAUGGGCUCGUGGUCCAAAAGGACCAGAGUGAUGGUCCACCUGUCAUUAUCAAUACAUCACGUGUGAGUGCACCAGCUGGUGGCAAGGCCAGCUGGGGUGCAGACAAGUCAUACUGGAAUGAGUUCCUGGUGAUGUGUACACUCUUCGGGCUUGCUGUGGUGCUUCUAGUUUUGUUCUUCCUCUACCGGCACCGGGACGGCAUGAAAUUCUUCUUAAAGCAGGGGGAAUGUGCCAGUGUGCACCCCAAGACCCGCCCUGUGGUGCUCCAACCUGAGACCCGACCACUCAAUGGUGUUGGCCCUCCUAGCACCCCACUUGACCACCGAGGCUACCAGGCCCUGUCAGAUAGCUCUCCGGGAACCCGGGUCUUCACAGAGUCAGAGAAGAGGCCACUGAGCAUCCAGGACAGCUUUGUGGAAGUGUCUCCUAUGUGUCCCCGGCCCCGGGUUCGACUGGGCUCUGAGAUCCGUGACUCUGUGGUAUGAGAGCUGACUUCAGACAUGGCCACCCUAGCCUCAGAGGCUGUGAAUGCUCAGAAGAGUCAGCUGGACCUCUUCUCCUGGAACAAAAUGGUCCCCUGCCCUGGGGAACCUGGGAGACCUUUGGCCUGUUGGCUUCAGUUAGUGUCACAGCCCUUAGGGCUUCGAGUGCCUGACUGAAGAUGGGGCUGCCCUCCAUGGCCUAGAGGGGCCUGCCUGGGUGGCAGAACUCUGCUCCUUAAAUAAACUGAGCCCUCUGUUUAAAAGACAACUGCAAAUGUGAAGCCAGAGCGAAAGAGAAGUGAGACAGCUCAAGAGGCAGUGCAGAAUGAUGGCACAGAAUGCCUCACAGUGGAGACUCAACCAAAGUGGCUUCGUGAGCCAGAGUUGGGAAUCCCUCCCCCAGUGGCCUCCUACUACCUUCCGCCUUACUCUGCUGCCACAGGCUGCCCUUUCUCACAACAAAGUCAGGAUCCUGCUUUAGCAGACCCAGGACAUAUCUGUGGCCACUGACACCCCACCACCUCAGGGACCAGAGGGCUAGGCUGGCUCUGCAGCCCUCACCAGACCAUGGGCCCAGACCCAGCUCCCGGACCUUUCUGGCCUGUAUCAGGCUGUGGCCUCAUGAGAGAGCAAGAAAAUGUGAGCCCAGGGGAGUUUGUGACAGUGGACACCAUUUCCAAGGAAGAAACUUGCCUGCCAUCUUUCUUCUGUCUGAGAGAGAAUAUGUCCCACUCACCACCUCAGCCCUAUCUUCCAAUUCAAACACAGGGACUCAAUGUACCCUACCUUCUCCUGUGUCCUAGCUCAACCCCCUCUUCCACUUGCCUAUCACCACUCUAAGGGAUAUUGACACUGCCCAGCACAAGGAGCCUAAAUUUAUGUGGGUUUUAUAUAUAUUUUUUAAUAAGAUGCACUUUACUUUUUUUUUAAAUAAAAUCUGACAAAUUAAUUGUGGCCUUCACCCUUAAA